GGCCGCAGUGGCGGAGCCGCCCCGUCGCUCGGGCGCAUCGCGGUCGCCAUGGCGCUGUGCGGCCGCUCCGUUCUCCUCCCGCCGCCCCCGCGACACCGGCCCCGGCCCCGAGCCCCGGGGCCCUUCGUCAGCUGCAGCCGCCUCCGAAAUAUUCAGACUAUUCUGACACAGAGCAGCAAAUCUCAGCCUGAUGGAAUCCUCUGCAUUUUAGGGAUAGACAGUCGAUACAAUGAAGGGUGCAGAGAACUGGCAAAUUAUCUGCUCUUUGGUUUGUACAACCAGAACAACAAUGACUUUGAAAGGACAGGUUUUCCUGAGGAAGUUCUGGAUGAUAUAAUCAUAUUAAUAAAACCUGACAGUGUUCAUCUGUACUGCAACCCUGUGAAUUACAAUCAGCUUUUACCCUAUGUGGCACACUGGAGGAACUUGCAUUUCCACUGUCUGACUGAAAAUGAGUAUGAAGAUGAAGAAGCUGCAGAGGAAUUCAAGAUUUCCAGCUUUGUGGACAUGGUCAGGGAUUGCAGCCGCAUUGGGAUCCCCUACAGCUGCCAAGGCCACCUGCAGAUAUUUGACAUGUUCAUCGUGGAGAAGUGGCCGAUCGUGCAGGCCUUCGCGCUCGAGGGCAUCGGGGGCGACGGCUUCUUCACCAUGAAAUACGAGUUAAUGGAUGUCAGUGCUGAUUUAUGGAAAACCUACAGCAAAAUGGAUCCUGUGUCCCUGGAGGAUUUGCUUUUUGAGGAUCUAAAGAUUUUUGAACACCAGUGGACCAACUUUUUUGCUAAUUUUGACACUGAAAUUCCCUUCAUUCUGGAACUCUCAGAAUCUCAGGCUGGGGAGCCCUUCAGAAGUUAUUUCAGCCAUGGCAUGAUCUCAAGCCAUAUAACAGAUAACAGCCCGAGCAGGCAGCCCUUUGUCCUGUUUGGCAGCCACUCCACAAAGGAGAACUUGAACACUGGCAACUUUAAUUUUCCAUCUGAAGGGCAUCUGGUCCGAAACACUGGCCCUGGUGGAAGCACUGCCAAGCACAUGGUAGUGCAGUGUGUAUCUCCAAAGGGACCUCUGGCUUGUUCAAGGACCUAUUUUUUUGGAGCCACUCACAUUCCUUUCCUGGGAAAUGACAAUGAGAUACACAAGCAAGCUGAGCAAGUUACGCUGUUGUCGCAAAUAUAUUCUGCUGUUGUAGAGGCUGUGCUUGCUGGCAUUGAGUGCUAUGCUAAAACUUCCACUGAAUCCAAGGCGAAGGAGGUGGCAGAGCAGGUGCUGCUGUCUGUGUUGGACACCCUUGGCUUAGCACAGCUGAAAUCUGCUUUACGCUCCAAAAUUGCUUUUCAAAUCCAGGCUGUGAACAACCAUGGCAGAAUUACUCCAUUAGAUAAUGAGGACAGCCUGAGUUUGAUCAAAACGGCAUCCAUGAUGGUGUUUGACAUUCCAGACCUGCUGACAGGAAGGGGCUGCUUGGGAUCUGUUGUGUUUUCAGAGUCCUUCCUGACAUCACAAAUACAGGUCAAAGAAAAAGAUGGCAGCAUCCAUCCAGACUCCAGGCACGUUAUCCUGACUGCAGCUAUCCCAAGAUUUGCUUCUUGGCUGGUUGAAGACAGUGAUGUGAAGCUGUCUGAAAAGGCACAGCAAGUAUUAAAGGAGGACAAAUCUUUCCUGGGCACUUUACUCACUGGGGGUGAUGGAGUUUAUGUCUGUUCCAGCAAUCCACAGGCCAUGCCUGCAGAAGGCAAAGUGUAUUUCUUUUCUGAUGGAAUUCUGUUCUGUGAUCCCCACCAUGGCAGCAUUUCCAUUCCCAAGAGCCACAUGAGUUCCAUUUCUCUCUAUGAUGGGGAUUCCAACAGCGUUGUUGCUGCUCUCUUUAUAGACUUCAAAAGUUCCCUGCUUCCUCAUCUCCCCAUUGAAUUCCACACCCAGAACAACUUUCUGGUGAUUGCACUUUUCCCCAAAAGAAAGAUUUAUAAAGCUUUUUAUUCCCAGGUUUUCUCUUCAUGGCAUAACCAGACAAACUCAGGAUUAUCUUUAAGGGUUGUCCCAGAAGAAUUCCUGUCUGAGGAACAAAAGAGGCUGCAUUCCAGUGUUCAGAAGCUCUUCAAUGCCUCUUUUGCUUCAGGGGAAAGAUGCAGGGAGCUGAAACUGUCUGCUGCCAUUCCAGGAUUGGAGAGGUUUGUGCAGCACUUCACAGUCAGCAGUGUCAGCACCAAGGCAGUGAUGAGGGCACAUCUUCCUGUCCUCCUCCAAGAGUCAGAAACCAUUUCUGACAGCAAAGCAGAAGGUGAUAAGGUGAUCAUCACCAUCCUCACCGGGCUGCCCGGGUGCCGUUCCAGCGACCUCUGUUCCUUCCUUGUCACUUUUACCAAGGAGCAUGGGAGGUGGAUUGUGUAUCGGCAGACCAUGGACAGCCCGCAGUGUUUCAGUGCCUCCCACUUCCAGCGCUUCCUGGCCGGGCUCCUGGAGGCCCAGCAGAACCUUGGGGUCCAUCAGCCCACCCUGAAGAGCUCUGGGAAGAACAACAGGCUCCUGGUGGUGCUGCAAGGGUACACUGAUGUUAUUGAUGUUGUGCAAGCUCUGCAGACUCACCCUGACCCAGAUGUGAAAUCUUCUUUCAUCAUUGGAACAAUCAACACCUGUGUGGAGCCUCUGAGCUGCUACAUGGAGCACAGGCUUCUUUUUCCCAAGUUCUUGGACCAAUGUUCCCAAGGACUGGUGAGUAAUGUGGUUUUCACAAGUCAUGCCACAGAGCAGAGGCACCCACUGCUGGUGCAGCUGCAGAGCCUGAUCAGAGCAGCAAAUCCUGGAGUUUCCUUCAUCCUGGCAGAAAAUGGGAUUGUAACAAGGAACGAGGAUAUUGAACUAAUUCUCUCAGAAAGCAGUUUUUCAAGUCCUCAGAUGAUGAGAGCUCGAUAUUUAAUGUACCCUGGCUGGUAUGAGGGCAGGUAUGGGGCUGGGCCCGUGUUCCCUCCCAUGGUUCAGAUCUGUGUGUGGUUCAGCCGCCCUCUGGAGAAAACAAGAUUUGUCACCAAAUGCAAAGCAAUUAAGUCGUUGCUCAAGCCAAGUCCUUUUUCUGGAAACAUUUAUCACAUCAUGGGCAAAGUGAAGUUUUCAGAUGCUGAUAAAGUCAUUGAAGUGUGUCACAACACAGCAGCAAAUUCCCUGAGCCUGGUGCCUGUUCCAGAGGGGCCAACUCCUCCUGAUCCCAGAAAUGAUCCCAGAGACUGCAGCAGUCAACAGGAAUAUUUCCUUGUGUUCAUUGGCUGCUCCCUGAAGGAAGAGGAUAUCAAAGAUUGGCUCAGAGAAACUGCAAAACAGAAACCUCAGAGGAAAGCCCUGAAAACCAGAGGAAUGUUAACCCUGCAGGAAAUCAAAAACAUCCACGUGAAACGCCACUUGGAUCCACUCCCAGCUGGUUAUUUUUACAAUGGGACUCAAUUUGUGAAUUUUUUUGGUGACAAAAUGGAUUAUCAUCCAUUAAUGGACCAGUUCAUGAAUGAUUACUUGGAAGAAGCCAACAGGGAAAUUGAGAAGUACAACAGGGAGCUGGAGGAGCAGGAGUACCACGACCUCUUUGAGCAGAAGAUUUAAGCACGUGGAUCCUGAGUGUUCCUGUCCUUGUGUCAGGAACCAAAAAUGCUCUUUUGUCCUUCUGGCUCACAAGAAAUCAAGUGAAAUGUUUGUUUUCAGCACUCCUUCCCAAACCAAGGGAUUGUUCCCCUAAGGUUGGCAUUUAACAUGGUAACUGCUUAGCUGUUUGUACUGUCAGGAUUGCUUCCACUUCACCUUAAUUCCAGACUGUCCAAAGCAUCACCUGGAAUCUCUGGCUUGUGGUGGAAACGUGGGAAAAAGAAGAAGAAGGAGGAGAAAAGAAGCAAAACUGGAUUUAUUUCCUAAAACAAGGUCAGAAUGUAAUUGUGGAAUUGGGCCAUGGUGCAGAUAUCAAACAAUUCCUGGGUGUCCCUUGGAAAUCGUUGCACAGGAGCUUUGAUGGUCGGGGGGGAGCUCAGGAUGUGGGAUUGGGGUUCCCAAAGCGAGAAAUGGGGGAACAGACUCGGAAGAGUCCCCAAUCCCAGAACUCUUUGGGUGUUCCUGAGGCAAAAAAUGGGGGAAUAAUUAAAAAAAGUAAGAGAGUCCCUAAUGCCACAGCUGCUGGGAUGUUCCCAAAGCGAGAAAUGGGGGAACAACUCAGAAAAAUCCCUAAUCCCACAGCUCUUGGUGUGUUCCCAAAGCGAGAAAUGGGGGAACAAUGGGAAAAAUUCAGAAUUGAGUCCCUAAUCAACAUCUGUUGGGAUGUUCCCAAAGCGAGAAAUGGGGGAACACUUUCUCAGAGUCCCCAGUUCCACAGCUCUUGGUGUGUUCCCAAAGCGAGAAAUGGGGGAACAGUGGGAAUAACUCAGAAUUGAGUCCCUAAUCCCAGAGCUGUCAGAGCAUCCCAAAGUGAGAAAUGGGGGAAUGGGAAAAGCUUGGAUGAGCACCUAAUCCCACAGUUGUUAGGAUGUUCCCAAAGUGACAGAUGGGGGAGCAAUGGGAAAAACUCAGAAUUGAGUCCCCAAUCCCACAGCUCUUGGUGUGUUCCCAAAGCAAGAAAUGGGGGAAUGAUUCAAAACUUGGAAUCCCUGAAUCUGCAGCUCUUGGGAUGUUCCCAAAGCGAGAAAUGGGGGAACAGAGGGAAAAACUCAGUGUUGAGUCCCUAAUCCCACAGUUUUCAGAGGAUUCCCAAAGCGAGAAAUGGGGGAACAAUGGGAAAAACUCAGAAUUGAGUCCCUAAUGCCAGAGCUGUUUGUGUGUACCCAAAGCAAGAAAUGGGAGAAUGAUUAAAAAACUUAGAAUCCCUGAAUCUGCAGCUCUUAGGACGUUCCCAAAGCGAGAAAUGGGGGAACAGUGGGAAAAGCUUAGAACUGAGUCCCCAAUCCCAGAGCUGUCAGAGAGUUCCCAAAGCAAGAAAUGGGAGAACAAUGGGAAAAAUUCAGAACUGAGUCCCUAAUCAACAUCUGUUGGGAUGUUCCCAAAACGAGAAAUGGGGGAACAGUGGGGAAAACUCAGAACUAAUCCCUAAUCAGUCCCUAAUCAGCAACUGUUGGGGUGUUCCCAAAGCGAGAAAUGGGGGAACACUUUCUCAGAGUCCCUAAUCCCACAGCUCUUGGUGUGUUCCCAAAGCGAGAAAUGGGGGAACAAUGGGAAAAACUCAAGAGCCCCUGAUCCCAGAGCUGUUGGUGUGUUCCCAAAGCAAGAAAUUGGAGAAUUAUUCAAGAAGUUAGAAUCCCUGAAUCUGCAGCUGUUGGGAUGUUCCCAAAGCGAGAAAUGGGGGAACAGAGGGAAAAACUCAGUGUUGAGUCCCUGAUCCCACAGUUUUCAGAGGAUUCCCAAAGUGAGAAAUGGGGGAACAAUGGGAAAAAUUCAGAAUUGAGUCCCUAAUCCCAGAGCUGUUUGUGUGUUCCCAAAGUGAGAAAUGGAGGAACACUUUCUCAGUCUUUAAUCCCAGAGCUGUCAGGGCAAUCCCAAAGGGAAAAUUGUGGGAACAACUCAGUAAAAUUCCUAAUCCCAGGGCUGUCAGGGUGUUCCCAGAGCGAAAAAUGGGGGAACAGUGGGGAAAACUCAGAACUGAGUCCCUAAUCCCACAGUUUCUGGGGCAUUCCCAAAGUGAAAAAUGUGGAAACAGUGGGAACAACUCAAUAAAGUCCCUAAUCCCAGAGCUGUCAGGGUGUUCUCAAAGCAAGAAAUGGGGGAACAGUGGGAAAAAUUCAGAAUUGAGUCCGUAAUCCCAGAGCUGUUGGGGUGUUCCCAAAGCGAGAAAUGGGGGAACAAUGAGAAGAACUCAGAACUGAGUCCCUGAUCCCAGAGCUUUCAGAGAGUUCCCAAAGCGAGAAAUAGGGGAACAAUGGGAAAAACUCAGAUGGGCACCCAAUCCCACAGCUCUUGGUGUGUUCCCAAAGCAAGAAAUGGGAGAAUGAUCAAAAAAUUUAGAAUCCCUGAAUCUGCAGCUCUUGGGAUGUUCCCAAAGCGAGAAAUGGGGGAACAGUGGGAAUAACUCAGAACUGAGUCCCUGAUCCCAGAGCUGUCAGAGCAUUCCCAAAGUGAGAAAUGGGGGAACACACUCAGAGUCCCUGAUCCCAGAGCUGUCAGGGCAAUCCCAAAGGGAAAAUUGUGGGAACAGUGGGAAGAACUCAGUAAAGUCCCUAAUCCCAGAGCUGUUGGGAUGUUCCCAAAGCAAGAAAUGGGGGAACAGUGGGGAAAACUCAGAACUGAGUCCCUGAUCCCAGAGCUGUUGUUGUGUUCUCAAAGCGAGAAAUGGGGGAACACUUUCCAGAGUCCCUGAUCCCAGAGCUGUCAGGGCAAUCCCAAAGGGAAAAUUGUGGGAACAGUGGGAACAACUCAGUAAAGUUCCUAAUCCCAGAGCUGUCAGGGUGUUCCCAAAGAGAGGGAUGAGGGAACACUCCCACCCCCACCUUUGCCAGGGCUCAGCCCAUCUCAAACCUCAGCACAGUUUGAGUCUGCACUUGAAAUUCUGACUUUAAAGAAAAGCUAUUUAUACAUUUCAGGGUGAAAUCAGUGGAGAAAUCUUAAUUUCUUCCCAGUGCUCUCAUUGAGAGUCUUGAAAAUAUUUCCUGGCUGGCUGCAAUGUGCACCUUGCUUAGAUUAUCCCUGGAGGAUUCCUAUUGCAGUCCUAAAAAUGAGGCAAGGCAAGGCAAGGGGGAGAUUCUUCAGCUGAAGAAUUCCUUUUCGUGAAGAUAAAUGAUUUCCAAAGGUAAAAAAUAGCAAAGGAUGUUACUUGAAAGAGGCAGGAACUUGUUUGUGGAGCUUCCAGAAGAGUUUGCACACUGUAACAUUUCCCUGUGCUGGUGAGAAAUCAGCUUUUUAAAUACUUGCAACAGAAUUUUUAUAGUUCCUAAAUGAUAGAACAGGAAUGCUGGCAGCCUGUCCUGACUUAAUUCAGCAUCAUUUUAAAGGAGGCUUCAUAAAUCCCUGCCUGAAGGAUUCUAAAGUACCUUAGCAGCUACUUACAGGUAAUUAUUGGAGUUUAUUUGAAUAAGCAGAUUAUUGUAGCAUGCAUGUGUUCAGAAUUAAGGUGAGAGCAGCCCAGCAGGAAUUUUUGAUUUUCAUAUUCCUUUGCCUUAGGGACAGCUCAGUCUUUUACUGCAACUGCAGCUUUUCUUUCUGACCAGAUGUUUGUGAUACAGCAAGAAAUGGAAUGAAAAAUCUCUUGCAGGACACUUAAAAUAAUUCAAAUGUAUCUGCACAGCUCAUCCCAAGGCAGGAAAAUGAGAUUUAACCCCUGCCAUCAAACUUGAGGCUAAAUUAGAGUUUAUACUUUGCUAAGGAGAUGUAUUUUUUACCUUUGGAAUAUGAAAUAAGUGAAAUUUCAGUAACCUGAAGCACAUUUUAGGUGGUUUUGGUCUCCAUUGCUGGAUGCCUGUCCUGUGAGUGUUGCACAGUGCAGAGGUGGAAUUCCAGGUGCUGCAAGCUGGGAUAGAAAUAUUGAUAAGGUUUCAUUCCUUGCUUUCCCCCUAGAUUUAGAAAGCUGUCUGAAUUGAAGACUUUAGUAUUUUAUUUUAAUUUUUUUUUUUGCACACCACGAGACUUUAUAUAAAAACUACUUGUAUCCUGUUAGAGGCCAGUAAAAGCCAGCAAUUAGUUUGUGUUUUUAGGCUUUCCUGGGGUAUUCCCUGGAUCACAAGUGUGGAGCAUCCUGAUAAAGCUCGUGAGUUUUAUCUAUGCAUGGCUAAAUUUUAGUCUUAAUAUCCUGUAGUGCCUGUAGAGCAAAGGUAGCUAGCAGUGGGGUUUGGGGGGGCUGCCAGGGGUUUACAACUAAAUCCAGUUGGUUGCAUGAGAUGAUUUCACAGCCCAGAAUUUUUUUAGGAAUCCCAAAAUUCUGGUGGUGGUGGUGGGGCUGCAAUAAAAAGGGGCAUUAGGAAAUGGUGGCUCCAAUUGGAAUUGUUUUGCCAAUGAACUCAGUGUAAACCCAGCUGUUCCAGUUCUCUCACCUGCAAAGCCAUAUUUUUAGAGUAGUGGGAUGUGAUGUGGGAAGAAAUUCCAGUGGUUGGGACAGCAGGCACGUGCUGGAGGCUUUGUCUCAACUCCUGAGUGGAUACAGAGUAGAUUUAAGUGCAAUUGAUUGAAAAUAGAUGAAGAUGCUGUAGCUGAUUUUUGCUCUGCUGAACUCUUUUUAAGAACUCCAAUUUGUGCAGCUCUCACAUCAACAUGGAUAUGGGGCUUGGUCCAGCUGGAAUUCCCAGCCCUGUGAACAAAAAAAGAAAAGGAAAUAAUUGGGUUGUGAGUGUGCAAAUUGAGGUGUUCCUUAAAAACUGGAGCAGGAGAGCUCGGAACAAAGGCCUAGAACCCUCCUGUGCUGUGCUGCAUGUGCUCUAUGGUCAUAGCUGUGUAUUACAAAGACCUUUCACCAGACUGGUACUGGCUCAAUUCAUGUAUUUUGGUAUUGAAAGAAAUUGAUUACCUCAAUUUUUAUCCUUUAUUUUUAAACUGUGACUUUCAACUGUUCAACCAGAACAAAAGACAAAGAAGAAAAAAAAAAUAAAUAAAAAUACCGAAAUAGUGAAACUGUGACAAUGGUAUCCUUUAAAUGUAGUAGUGCCUUGCAGAUGACACCAUUUAUUCCCCAAAUAAAUGGAUGUCAGGGGUUGCACCACCCCUUUCUUUUUUUUUUAAAGGAAAAUAACGGUUUUGGUGAAAGGACUUAAAAAAAUUUAAAUUUAACCUAGUGACAAAUAUUAGCACAAAUGGUUAAACUGUUUAAAAGAAAACUCUUUGAGGACUGAAAUGCCUGAUGCUGCUGCUGCUGUUGAAGAGCAGUUGCUGAUUUUUUGGGAGUCAAUUCUAACAAUCAGCAGUGCUUUUUGAAUUUAUUAUUUUCUUUUUUUUUUAAGAAGAGCGUAACUUUUGUACUCUGGUCAGAGCUGUUUGUACUGUAUGGAAUCCCCAGCCCAGGGGAUUUGGUGUCCUCACUCCUUGCAAGUCAGGGUGAGGAUGAAACUCGAGGUUUGAACAAUUUUUUCUACUGUAUAAUUAAAAAAAAAAAAAACACAAAAAAAGCACCAUUUCUAACCCACUGAUGUUUGGAUACAGCAAAAGUGCCAUUACACCUUUCCUUUUCUCUUUUAUUGUACUUGGAAAAAUUUGUGUCCAGGCAUUCCUGAGCUUGGGAAGUGCUGAAGAGUCCUCAAGGGGUUUCCACGCUUUGCUGACCUUUGUUAGCAGCUUGUGGUGGUGUUUUUUAAUUUCUCCUCACCGGGAAUGAGUGUGAUCAGAAGUUACUGAAGUUAUAGGAUUCAAAUGUGACAAACUUAGCAGGGGAACCUUUGCAACUUGAGCUGCUCUGCAAUCUGGGAGUAUAUUUGAAUUUGAAGCUGUGCAAUUUGGGAUUAAUCCAGUUUUACACUUUGCAAUUAACACACCGGAUUGCAAGGAGGAGUUGAGUUGCAUGUGAGGGUUCCCUAAUAAGUUGAAUUUUUUUUUUUUUAAUUAUUGUUAUUUUUUAAUUGAAACUUGUCUGAAUUUGCACAGAUUUAAGCUCUGGAAUACUUUGGUAUUCUUGAAAAGGGAAAAAAAAAUUGUGACUAGUAUAGUGAAUUGUGAACUGUGAGUUGGUAGAACCACAAGGUUGAUCUAAUCUUAGGUUGUUAAAAAUGUACCUCAGAAAGCUCGUGAGAAAUUGCUUCAUUUUUACCCAACUGCCAGAUCCUGGUGUAACACUUCUCACUUUUCAAUGUGCCAAAAUUCACUUUUAUACUAGUUCUCAAUGCUUUAAUAUUUGCAAGUCUAAGUGAAAAACGUGUUAUUUACAAACACUACUGUAACUUCAGUUCAGCUGAAUGGUGUGAUUGAAGCUUUUUGCCUCUCGUAUUUAUUACACAACUUGAUUCAGUAAAUAUAAAAUUACCUUUCCAUUUAUUUUUGUAUUGUUUUACAUGUUUAUACCUGCAGUUUGUGUGACUUUUACACCUGUAACUCAGAUGUGAUGGAAAGAACCAAUAAACAGUAUCCAUCCAU